AAUUCAUCUGGCUCGAUCUUUCUCGCCGACACUGUCCACAUCAUAUUGUGUCACUGAGCCGCAAGCCAUCAUGAGUUUGCGUGAAAAAUCCUCCUCCUCUUCCUCCUCUUCCAGCCCCACACUCACGCACUCACGCGUCCGGAGCGCACAGAGGGCGCACCGGUGUCAGUCAGCUCCAGCCCUCCUCUGCAACGGUCGCUUGUUGUUGGUUGCGCUCAGCGGCGUCUCGGAGCAGGAAUUUUGGGGGAGUGGAAAUUCCAGCGUUUCGGGCUCCUGACGACCCGACUUUGUGUUUCUGACAGCUCAGCUGCGAGCAGAGAGAGAGCUGAACUCAAAUCACACGGAUUGGAGACCAGGAGAGAUCCGAUUUUUUCCCUGACUGAACAGUGGUUUUGUUCUUGUGUUUUAUUUUACUUCCCUCUUGGAAGCAUGUGAUUUUUCCUGGUGAGGUCAGAAUUUUAAAAGGGGAAACGGGAGCGCAGAGGUGCCACUUUUGCCCAUUGGAUUUUUCUCCUCUUUUGUUUUUUUGUUUUUUUUACGUUUGGAAUUAUUUUCUUCUAGGAGAUGCCAAGUUGCUCCCUGUGAAACGCAGGAUGCUGGGGACUCCACAACCACCAGAUAUCUUACUCUAAGAGAAUCUCUGGUCUUUCUUCUCUCGCUGGACGUUUCUCUUCUUUGGUCUUUUCUCCUUUUAUUUUUGGUUAAUCAUAUUAUCUGUGUGGUGCCAUAUAAUAAGGAUGCGUUGUGGAUUUCUAUUGUUCCUUUUCACCCAAAUCAUCUCGGUGUCUCCAUUAACUCAGACUGAUAAAUGCGGGGGAAACAUAGUGAUCCAUGCGGCGGACUACCUGACUUCCCCGGGUUACCCCAGCGCCUACCCGCCCUCCCAGCUCUGCGUGUGGGUGAUAACCGCCCCUGAAGCCGGUCAGAAAAUCUUGAUCAACUUCAACCCGCAUUUUGAUCUGGAGGACAGAGACUGCAAGUAUGACUAUCUGGAGGUCUACAACGGCGGAAAUGAACUUUCGUCCUUGCUGGGAAAGUUUUGCGGGAAAAUUGCGCCCUCUCCAAUCAUCUCCAGUGGCGGACAGCUCCUUAUCAAGUUCGUUUCCGACUAUGAAACCCAUGGGGCUGGAUUUUCUGUUCGAUAUGAGGUCCUCAAGACAGGUCCAGAAUGCUCCAGGAACUUCACCGCUCCCAGUGGCAUCAUUGAGACACCGGGUUUUCCCGAGAAGUACCCCAACAACCUGGACUGCACCUUCAUGAUAUUCGCCUCCAAGAUGGCAGAAAUUAUUGUGGAGUUCUACAGCUUCAACAUGGAACCCGACUCCACGCCGCCGCCCGGCGCCGUCUGCCGAUACGACUGGUUGGAGAUUUGGGAUGGCUUCCCUGCAGUGGGUCCUCACAUCGGCAGAUACUGCGGCCACACAUCCCCGGGACGCGUCAUCUCCUAUACAGGCAUCCUAUCCAUGACCAUCACCACUGACAACGCCAUCGCCAAGGAGGGGUUCACGGCCAACUACACGAUCCGAGAGAGGAGCCCGCCCGUUGGGCACGAGCAAGAAAACUUCGCCUGCAUGGAGCCACUGGGCCUGGAGUCUGGGGAAAUUACUUCAGAGCAGAUCAAGGCCUCCUCCCAGUAUAACUCCAACUGGUCACCAGAACGCUCCCGACUUAACUACCAGGAGAACGGCUGGACACCCUCAGACGAUACCAUCAGGGAAUGGAUACAGGUCGACUUGGGGUUUCUCAGAUUUGUCACAAGCAUCGGGACCCAGGGUGCGAUUUCAAAGGAGACCAAAAAGCAAUACUACGUCCGUUUCUACAAAGUGGACCUGAGCACCAACGGAGAGGACUGGAUCACAGUGAAGGAGGGCUCAAAACAGAAGAUCUUUCAAGGAAACCACAAUCCAACAGAUGAAGUCCGUGCCUUCCUCCCCAAACCGACACUGACUCGAUACGUUCGUAUCCGCCCUCAUAGCUGGGAGCAGGGCAUUUGCAUGCGCUUCGAGGUCUACGGCUGCAGAAUAUCAGAUUACCCGUGCUCGUCGAUGUUAGGCAUGGUGUCGGGGCAGAUCCCCGACGCUCAGAUUAGCGCUUCGUCCUUCGCCGACCGGGGCUGGGUGGCCGAGAACGUCCGGUUAUUGACGGGCAGGUCGGGAUGGACCGGGCAGCAGACCAAGCAGCCGUUCAGGAACGAGUGGUUACAGGUGGAUCUGGGCCAGGACAAGAUGCUGAGCGGUGUGGUGAUCCAGGGAGGAAAACACCGUGACCGCAACGUUUAUAUGAAGAGGUUUAAGGUGGGCCACAGCCUGGACGGUGACAGCUGGACCGUCAUUAAGGAGGAGAACACGACAAGGCCGAAGAUAUUUAUGGGGAAUCAGAACCAGGAAACCCCAGAGGUGAGAUUGCUUGGUCCACUUCUGACCCGAUUCGUCCGGAUCUACCCAGAGAGAGCAACCACAGAGGGUGUGGGUCUGCGUCUGGAACUGCUGGGAUGUGAACUGGAGGAGGUAACUACAACAGGGCCUCCCACCACUCCGCCUUCCUCCACACUCUCCAUGACCACGUUUGGUGCGACCACUGCAGGGCCGACCACAGUUCCCAACACAACGCCCAGUUCAGAGUGCGAGGAUGGGCAGCAGGACUGUGGUGAUGAAACCGAGGCUACCAAUGACUACGAUCAACAUCUUGGAGGCUUCAUGACCGCCAACCCUAAUGUUGACAUUCCAGCUUAUGUUUGGUUUGCCUGUAACUUUGACUUCGCAUCAUUAUGCGGUUGGACCAAGGACACCAGUUCAGGAGCCGAGUGGUUCAUCCAGAGCAGCGAGGCUCCCGCUGUCCACAGAGGACCGACCUUCGACCACACAGGCAGUCCCGGGAACUUCAUCCUCAUUCAGCUGACAGACACAAUCACACCAAGUAAAACUGGAGAUGACAAGAGCGAGGAGGAGAAGGUGGCCCGGCUGGCCAGUUUACCCAUCACCACGCCAGACACCAGCCUGUGCAUGUCCUUCUGGUACCACAUGGCCGGCGACCACACAGGGGCGCUCCACAUCAGCUACAGGCAUGAAGCCGGCGAGGGCCAGAACCUGUGGACAAUGAUCAGCCAUCAGGGCAGCAGAUGGAGGGAAGGCCGCGUUGUACUUCCACGAACCAGGCUCCCAUAUCAGGUGGUGGUGGAGGGAGUCGCAGACAGACGCACCCCAGGCCACAUAGCAGUGGACGACAUCCAAAUCAUGGACAGACUCAACAUUCAGGACUGCAAGGAUCCAGAAGCCCCAACAUCUCCACCCACUAAGAUCUUGAUGCUACCCAUUGACUCCCUCUCUCAGGAAACAGGUGAACUCGGCAGGCCAGGCAACAUGCUGAAGACCAUAGACCCCAUCCUCAUCACCAUCAUCGCCAUGUCAGCUCUGGGCGUCUUCCUGGGCGCCAUCUGCGGCGUUGUGUUGUACUGUGCCUGCUCGCAGGGCAGCAUGACCGACAGGAACUUAUCUGCCCUGGAAAAUUAUAACUUUGAGCUGGUGGAUGGUGUCAAACUAAAGAAGGAUAAGAUUAACGGACAGACAAACAACUACUCGGAGGCGUGAGCUUGGAGACAAAGUUGCGGAGCCACAACGGCUCCGCGCGAGUGGACAUGUUACAAGCAGCCAGUCACAGGGCUGACGCCACCAAUGGGACUGCAGGGUUGGCUGAGAGUGAGCCAAUUUCAUUUUUAUUUCUCAGGAGCGUUGAUGGAAGGGACUCACCUGUAGGAGGCGCUGUGUAUAGAAAACCUGUACAGCAAAAAAAGAAAAAAAACUAUUUGUUUCUCGACGUGCUUUGUUGAUUUUAUGUAAUCACAUGCUGGUGUUGAGACCAAUUCAGAGGAAAAUAUCGUUUGUGAACUUUUACAGAAAGAUUUGAUGUUUCUGUUUGUUGUUUAUGUUGUCUUUUCAUUAGAAUGUUUUGCAGAAUGGGCAAAGUUAGCUUAACACGUGUCCCAGCGGACGUAUGACAGUGUGUGGACAUCUUACACUCAUAUACAUCUGCAUCCGAGGUGUGUCUGAAUACAUGAAGCGAGUGUGAGUUUCAGAGUGUGUGAUCUUGCGCAGGACCACUGACCUGCUCCGACAGUGCCUUUUUUUCCUGUUUUUCUGUUGCCUUGUUUUCUGCUGGUUGUUUUCCCAUCAGCUGUCAUUCUUUCCAGGAUUCCUACAUGGACUAAGGGAAAGGUUUUCAGACUGUGACCGUAAAGCAGCAUCUAUUUAUUGCUGUAAUUUUACCAUAAAACAGCAUCUGGUUACACUGACAUUCACUCAGCUGUUGAGUUCCAGGUUUAUAUAUGUAGAACUGAAGAAAACUAUGAAAACUCCCAAUAUGGUAAAUGUGUAGGGGCCCUGAAUGCCUCGUAUUCAUGGCACGUGAAACAUCCAACGUAUUGUACAUAAAGUUUUAAUAUAUAUUUGAGCGCCGUUUUCUCUAGAGGAAGACCAGUGCUGCAGUAUCCUUUAUGUUUCGGAAUCACACCCCUCCUUAUUCACCAGAAGCCGAAGGAUAUUAGUCAUUCCUGGAGUUUCAGAGAAGAAAACACUCAAAAAAGGGAAUUAAUGUAUUUACAGGGUAAAAACAGAAAACCUCAGCAGAUACAAGGACAGAAAGUCAAAGGAGUUUCAUUGAUUACACUUGGAUCUGGCAGGGCACACGAAGUGACUAUUAAACCGGCUCAACAACAUGGUGGCCUCAAUGCAAACUAACUGUAGGAACUCUGUUGAUAUUUUUCAUCUACUUUGAACUAGAAAAGCCUUAAAACCUAAUUGUAGGAAAUGAAUAAAGACACUGAAGUUUGCAUUCUUUUCAAAAAGGUAAAAAAAACUUGAUUGGCUUAAAAUUCUGAUUUGUAUCUAGUACCCAUUGUUUUCCAGGAAAUUGUUUUUUCUUUUGCAAAAGGAGAGUGGAUUCUAAUUGACUUUCAAACCUUGGACUCGUGAGCCAUGGAACAGUGGAUCAGAUCUUUACCCUUGCAAAGAUAGGGGUCAUGGAUGUAGGGCUGUCCAGUCCAUUUGCAUUACUUGGAUCUGAAGAGCACUUACAUCUGUCCCCUGAGGCCUCUUGUUGGAAUACAGAAUGCCAGGUUUUCUUUUUUAAUAGCUGUGUCCGUAUUGGGCACAAGGUUAACCCGGUUUGAAUCCAUUACGGCUGCCUCUUGUCAUUGAUCCCGUUUGUGGUGUUCAUGCACCGGAUCAGAAGGCAUAUUAUUGAGAGGUGGUUUCGAAACUUCUGGGUCCCACCUUUGGGUUUUUUUGCAGAUGAUAUGGGGCUGCUGGCCCCAUUAAGCCAUGACCUUUACUUUACAUUGAGGUGAAUCUAAUCUAUAGAGUCUGAGGCUUUGGUUCUCAAUAGAGAAAAUGGUGGACUGUUACCUUGUUGGGGGGGCAGUCUCUGCCUUAAGAAGAGAGGUUCAAGUGUCUUGAUGAUGGUAGAAGAGUUGAAGAUGGAUAGACAGACUGUCAAGGUCAAGAAAGAUCUGAGCUAAAAGGUAAACCCCUUGAUUUACUAAUUUAUAUCCCAACACUUACCGUUGUUACGAAUGAUAUGGAUCGUGACCAAAAGAACAAGUAUCCAGGUACAAGCAGCUGAAAUUAGCUUCAUUUGUAACUUCGCUGCAUUUAUUGUUUGAGGUAGGGUAAGCAGCUUGGAGUAGAGCAUCUGAUUAGGAUUCAUGGUGAUAUUUGUUGGUUUACUGGCAGCAUUCUAUUGGCAGGAGACCCCAUGCCAAAACCAGAACUCACUGGAGGAACCUUAAAUGCCUUCAAGGCUGGGAACGCAUUUGGAUCUCCUAGAAGGAGUUAUGGAAAUUCAUUUGGAAGGAUGUCUGGAUUUGUCUUACCUCUGUGACCUAAUCUUAGACAAAUGGAAGAUGUUGGAAAAGUUUUGGGGUAUUUGGUUUCUUUUUUAUUAUAGGGAUAAUCUUUCCUCACCUUUGGCAUUAGAAAUGAGCCUUUGUUGAAAGAUUUAAUAUGCCAUCCAGCAGGAUGAACCACUUUUUGUGACUUGUCUGUUUAUACUAAACUUUCUAGUGAGAAAAGCUGUUUCUUCCUCCAAAGAACAGGUAUGAAAAUUAUUUUAUAUGAAGUUGAAAAAACAGUCUUGAUUUCAUGUUAGUUUUCUCUUGGCUAAGCAAAUAGCUUUGCUUCUGUUUGGUUCUGUUUGAAGUUUGGUUUUUGUUUUUAAUUUGGGGUAUAUUCAAAUCAUCAUUCUAAACCAAUCAACAUACCUGAAAACUGUGUUUUCUGUGGAACAUUGGGAAUAUUACCUGAAGAUUUGUUUUACAUUUUAAUAGAAACUCUGGGAAGCAAGCUGUGCCAUCCUUUAACAGUUUGUUUGUGUUCAUGAACAGGACAAUAUGUCCAUUAUCUUUCCAAAAGAACUGGGGAAAAAUAUACAAAUAUGUAAUGUAUUUUCGCCUCUUUCAUAGGAAUGUGUGUGAUGUUUCAGCCAGACUCCAUUAAAGAACAAGGAUGCUGCAGCACUCGUCCUGAAAACAAAUGUUGCACUGAUAUAUUUAAAAAAGAAAUAUCUAUGUGUUUAUGAUGUUGAUUUAUGAAAAGAGAGGAGGAAAGACAGUGAGGGCAAUGUUAUUGUUGCUUCUUUUCAACAUGGUUUCAGACAGCCGUGGUAUAAUUCUGAAUUGUACAAUUUACAGAGAUGUUUUUCAUUCUCGAAAAAGCUUAUAUACGAGUAACGAUUUUAUUUACUUGGUAUAAUAUCACGUUAUGUUUUUUGUACCGUCACUGAUGUACGUGCCAUUGUUUUCUUCCAUUUUUCUUUGUAUGACGAGAAAAUGUUUUACUUUCUGUACUGUUUCUGUAGUUUUCUUGUCUAAAGAAAAAACAAAACAAAGGAAAACAAGGAAGUAAAAAGAAUCAGAAAGCUGUGAGGCCUUAUGUGAUUUAAAGUAUUGUUUGUACUUUGACUUUCUGCUCAGCACCCGACUCAUCCAUCUCUGUUGUUUCAGACUCUCAUCACUGACUAUUACAUUCCAAAGAAUUGGGUCAAAUAAAUGUUUUAAAUAAAA